AACAAAGAAGACGUAGUGCUUCACGUGCUUCCGGUUAGCGAAAAUGGCUCAAGGUGCAAAGAAAUUUAAAGCUCAGCGUCCAGGAGCGUCCAAGAAACACCAGCAAAACAAACAAAAGGGGCCGAAAAAAGGAGGAAGAAUCAUUGCACCCAAAAAGGCUCAAGUGGUUCAGCAACAGAAGUUAAAGAAGGGUCUGGAGGUUGCUAUUAGGAACAAGAUUGAGCAGGAGGUGACCCAGAAGGCCAGCUCCUCCCUCCACAAGCCACUGAGUGUGAUUAAGGGACCUGAGGAUAAAGGAAACCCUGGAGCCGCCCGUCCUGGAACCAGCACCAAAUAGAACAAGCAACCAAAUCGUCCACUACAGACACUAAUCUCAUGGUGUUGUAAUGUAACUUCAAAUGUAGCAUAAACCCCCACAGGUGCCAUCACAUGAUUAUUGACUUGGUAUACUAUCAGAAGACUUGACACCGUGGUCCAUUUCCCAUCAUCAACAGAAGAUGUUGAAGAAAAAUUACUGCAACUCUGGACAUAAAUAAACGUGACAUUUUCUAGGCAUAGUUAAAGAAUGCCACAGUGAACAUGGUCUAUGAUCAAAGCUAAAAGUUUAGCAGAAUAUAACUGUGUAGAUCUCAUUUAUUUAUUUUUCAAUCUUUGGCCAGACAGUGUAAGUGAAAUGAGUAAAAAUUAAACUGAUUAAAGAAG